GCACCUCCACUACUGUCUCUGGAGCCCCUUUAACUCUGCUGCAAGAACCAGGCAGCCCACGACAGGACGAAGUAGUCGAGAUAUCCAGCGAUGAAGAGUCUGAUGACGACGAUCUCAACGAUGGCCAAUCCCGCCAACAGGCCGAACCCGGCAGUGUUGCCGGUGUAGGGUAUCAACACCACUCCUGGUACCAAUAGCGACAACGAUACGAAAAAGCCUUCGGUCACCGGUGGAAGCAACCCCGACGAUAAAUCUACAUCAACCCAACAGCGGCCGGAGCCGUUGUCUGCCUCACCCGGAGCUCUACGGACGAAGUUGGACCUACCGGGUCUGGCGGGCAGUGUCGCGCGUAAGCCAGGGCAGGCACCCGCUCCUAAGGGCUCUGUAUGUGACACUACCGUUCCGAAGACGGCUGGCGCUUCUCUUGAAGACAAGGCCAGACCGCAUGGCCAUGGGUCGCAACACGAUUCUCGGCCCUCUACGCAGUCAGGUGGAAAGAAUUCUGAUCGAGACAGUGCAAUGCGCCCUGACCCCACCGACCACGCCGCGUGGGACAAGAGGUACCCAUUUUCACUUGCGGCGCUGGGACGCCGGAAGCUAGCUGAACGCGCCAAGGAGAGCGUAUGUAAGGCUGCAGUUCCCGAUUACCCAGAGCCUGUCUUUGACUCGGUCCGUCGGCCCCAGAGUCCAGUCAGCAUCGCCUCCAACCAUGUGGGCGAAACACAGCAGAGGCCCGAUAGCCGCUACCUCUCCCAGCGCCAUCACCAGGGCGAUAGCAAUCAGACGAGCGACCUAGAACACCGUCAUCCUCCAGUUUCGGAUAACAGAGAGCAGAAUAAGGUGGGCCCUAAUGUGCUCCUACAAGCACAAGAGAGUCAGGCAAGCACGCCGACGCUGUCGGACGAUAAGAGCCACGCCUUGAGCGGCCUACAUCCCAAUACGAUCGCGGCAAUCCAGCACCUUCAACGACGUUGGCGCGCGCGGGGAAAGGACAAGACAAAACCGUCUUUGGCCGAAGGAGAACAUGAUCAGGAAGACGGCGCGCGGCCACCGGUCCGAGAACGUUGCUCAGUUGUCACUCCUGCCCAGACGGGGAUCACGAGGACCAGUCCACACAAACUCCGAUCGCGGGGUUCUGGCCGCGCCGAUGUUAGGACCGACAACCACCCUCCCACCAUUAACGAUGAUCAUGAUGAGAACGGUGGUAACAUCGUACCGUCGCAUGGUCACAAGCGUCGUAGAACGCGUAUCCAUCAGCCUCGCGAUUUGAGCGAGACCCGCCUCGAUGAGGAGGGCGACGAAGUGAUACAAGAUUCCGAUCGAAGUAGUGAUCGUGAUGCUCGCGGUGAUAAGCACUUCGCUCCAUCUCAUGAUGGUCGCACGGGAGAUGAUGAGGAAAAUAACGUACGACCCCCUUCGUCCAAGCGUCCGAAAUCGAAUAGACAUCCAUCCGAGGCCGAGCCGAAGUCAGGUUGGAGCCUUCGACGCCGUCUAGCCUCUCGUCGGGACGACAGUGCGAGGGCGGAGGACGAGGAAGGCGACGACACUUGCCAGCCACCCUCCAAGCGCCGUAAAGCGAGCUCUCUUGCCAGGUCCACUAUACUCGGAUCAGCCAUCCAACAGCAUCUUCACUUGGACGCCGCCUCCUGCUCACAACGAGUCCGAACAUCAGCCUCAGGUCGGAAGCGUUUCGACCGGCACGGUGUCCUCGGCUUGCCGCCCUCUCGAAAAUCUAUUGACCGUAAGACGGUGUUCGAGGAAUGGCCGCUUGGGAAUGCGGUUCUCAAACGCGUGACGGUGGGCGGGAUGACGACUUUCCAGGUACAAUUCACUUGGGACACCUGCGCGACGCACGGGCGCAAAGACCAUGCAACUGAAGACCCACAGGAUAACUACCCAGUUAGGAAAAGUUCCUCUCUAAGGCGAGGCGGAGCAGCCGGACCACCCUUAACACCUGAAGAUACCCUUAUCGAGCUGACGGACGAUGGCAUCCAAUCCCGAGCGCCGACGGAAGAAGAAACCGAAUGGGAGUUCGAGAAGAUUCUAGGGACUAGGAAACGAGGAAGAGGCAACCAAGUACUCGUCAAAUGGACGCACUCCGAGAAACCGACCUGGGAGCCCAUGAAGAACUUUCUUGGGACGGAAGCGCUGCACGCCUACGGUCAUAUCCUACACUAAACCACCGUGAGGGCCCCAGCUAACCGCUGACCCCUAAGCGCGACCUCGUACGGACACCAUGCAAGUUGGUUACUUUCAUCUGCCGGCCUGCGUUUUUAUUGCGGUGUUUCAGUCAAUCUAUCUCCUUGCCUGUAAAGCGGUGUACCUUAGUUUCUGCUUAGUGUAGUUUUGAGACGCAAUUUAAGUGUAU